GGCACAUUUUUGUCGAUGUACCGUCGACUUAAUCAUACUCAUUUUCCCCAGUUUCCUUCUUCUAACCCUAAUUCGUCCAACACCGUUCAACUAUCCCAUUCCGCCGCCGCCGUCACCUCUCCGAUGUCCGACGACGAUCUCGUCGCUAGCCCCUCCUUGAACAACAAUUCUCCGUCGCCGUCGCUGUCGCAGUCGCCGACACGUAACGAACUAGUACCUCUUCCUCCACUACCGGCGAUCCCGACGCCGGCAGCAUCGACUCGACUGGCGGCGUUUCCGUCAAGGGAGGAUUGUUGGUCGGAAGCGGCGACUCAUACUUUGAUGGAAGCGUGGGGUUCUCACUACCUAGAACUGAAACGCGGGAAUCUCCGGCAGAAACACUGGCAAGAGGUGGCUAACGCCGUUAACGCACUUCACGGCCAUACGAAGAAGCAAUAUCGGACAGAUGUACAGUGUAAAAACCGGAUUGAUACGUUGAAGAAGAAGUAUAAGAUCGAGAAAGCUAGGGUUUCUCAAUCUCACGGUCGGUAUGUACCGCAAUGGCCGUUUUUCAACGGCCUCGAUGUACUCAUCGGUGAUAAUUUCAAACCGUCGCCAUCGCCGGUGAUGGUGACGGCGUCACCGGCGAUGGUUACUAAUCGCCGGAAGACACCUCCGUUGCUUCCUCCUCCACCGUCCGCCGUUCCUGUUGGUCCUCGGUCAAAAAGACCGGCGGCAGUCAUGGAGGACGCCGUUUCCCGGAGGAAUUUCUCUACUAUGGCAGCAGCUGCAGCGGCUGCAGCCUCGGAGGAUACGGAGGAAGAAGUAGAGGAGGAGGAAUCAGAGACUUCAAGUCCGGCUACAAUUACAGGCACGGGCGGUUUAAGUAGGAGGAAGGAAAAUGGGGCAUUGGCAGAAGGUUGUAGCAGGUUAGCUGAAGCAAUAGGAAGAUUUGCAGAGAUAUACGAACGCGUUGAAGAUGCUAAGCAGAGGCAAAUGGUGGAAUUGGAGAAGCAAAGAAUGCAAUUCGCAAAGGAUUUGGAGAUUCAAAGAAUGAAGCUUAUUAUGGAGUCACAAGUUCAGCUUGAAAAGCUUAAGCGUGCGAAGAAUAGUACACAAGAUGGUGAGUGACUAUGUAUUUGUAGUGGGAGAAUUUGUUGUUUAUUUCAUUGUGUUUGAUUUUAGAUAGCAAUCCAAUUGACACUAGUGUAUGCAUGUACCUAUUUAUGUGAAUGUUGGAUACAAAUAUGUAUGAAGAUGUUUCUUAUCCAAGUUGUUAGAUGA